AGGAGCGUAAGAACAGUGAACGGAAAGUGGAGUUGCUCCUCUUGGUUACACUGAAGAGAAACUCCUGCAAGGCGCUGGGACCAUGUCCUCAGCACACGGCCCGGACAUCUCUGACUAUCAUGUCAGCGUGGUCCGUGAGCCACCUGCUUGGGAGGUAGGUGUGUACCUAUUGGGGUUUCUGCUCCUCCUGUGCAUUGUAGGUGUAAACCUGUGGAAGCUAUGGAAAUCAGGCACAUUCCCCGCUCCCUCACCAUACCCCAACUUUAACUACCAGUACUUGCAGGAGAAAUAUGGCACCUCCUACUCUGAAGUGCGACAGAAGUGUGUUGCGGCCUCCAAUCACAGAAAGGCAUCAUCAGCCAGCCGUAAGCCCAGCCUGCAGCUGGCUGACACUCCUGACAGCUUUCGAGAGCUCGGCCCUCUUGAGCUGUUGAACCGGGAGCCAGAGCUUAAGCGCUCAGUCUCUGCAGACUCACUGUGCUCCAUCUCAUCCAUAGCACACACGUUUGGCCAUGAUGUCACUGUGGGUCAGCUGGAGGUGACACUGGAACUAGAGGCUCGGGCCUCACUGCUGCAUGUCACCCUACAUCAGGGCAAGGAUCUGCUGGAGAAGGAAGAGGAGAACUUUCCUGGAUGUUACAUAAUGGUCACACUUCUGCCUGAUGAGAUCACUGUGGGCGCCACACAGAUUCAAAGUAAUGCGUUCUCCGUGGUGUUUGAUGAGCACUUCUCCAUUCCAGUGGAAACAGCAGCCUUAGAUGAAUACAGCCUACGUUUCUCAGCAUUCGGAGUAGACUCAGAUGAAAGGAGCAUCAGUGCAGGGCUGGCAGAACUUAAAAUGUCUGAUCUAGACCUGUCUAUAAGAUCUUUUAAUGCCUGGCUGUACCUGCAGGACAUGAACAAGGCUGUGGACGCUGUUGGGGAAAUUCUGCUCUCACUUAGCUACCUGCCCACUGCAGAGCGCUUAACUGUGGUGGUGGCUAAAGCAAAGAACCUUGUCUGGACUAAUGGAAAAACCACUGCAGAUCCAUUUGUGAAGAUAUACCUUCUCCAAGAUGGCAGGAAGAUCAGUAAGAAGAAAACUUCCGUAAAGAGAGACGACACUAACCCUAUCUUUAAUGAGGCCAUGAUCUUCUCUGUACCUGCUGUUGUGCUACAGGACCUUUGUCUAAGAGUUACUGUGGCUGAAAACACAGAUGACGGGCGCGGUGAGAAUGUAGGUCAUGUGAUCAUUGGUCCAGAGGCAAGCGGCAUGGGCAUCACUCACUGGAACCAAAUGCUGGCGACACUACGCAAACCCGUCUCCAUGUGGCAUCCGUUGAGGAGGACCUAAUCUGAUUUCUGCCCUCCUAUUCCAGCCUGCAUGGUGCCUAUUCUCUCUGUGACACAUCCAUAAAGACUCGUCGGUCCAGCAGGCGUCUUUCAGGAAAAAAAACAUUUUUAAAGCAGUUGCACAGCCAGAGGCACAAAGCAAAUCUGUCUGUUUCUGCAUUUCCAGGUCUUUUUAUCCAGGUUAAAUUGAUCUUCAUUUGUAGCUGUUAUUACAGGGUGGCUGACCUAAGUAAGCAGGCUGGACAGCACCAGUCAGCAAUGCAUUGUAAUCGUGUUUUCAGUAGGGUUUAGUGUAGCCACAUUCUACUCAAGUGAAAACUAUUAUUGUUAUUAUUAUUUUGUUUUAUGUGUUCUUUCUUCUGCUCAGUAAAAAGCAAUAGAACAUCUUUAUGUACAUAUGGUAGACAGAUUCCUAUUUAUUACUUAAUUAAAAUGUGACUAUGUUGACGUUUUAUAUGUCCUUUGAGCAGAGCUUUUUAGCAACAGCGGUAUUGACAGCAGGACUUUUGGUGUAGUGCUGUCCAGGAAUGUAAAUGCAUAAUCCUGAAACGCAAUUAAUACUUUGCUUUUAUGUUUGCUUGCAUUUAAACUUUGGACAUCUUCAAGUUGAGUGCUAGAAUUUAUUCCUAGCAUUUCUUAUUAGUUGGAAAAUCUUUUCCUUUGCAUUAUUACCAGAGAGGGUUAAAAAGAAGGCUUGCUUUCAGCUGUUAUUGACAACAGUGUAUAGUCUGGCAAUAAACUUCCUUUAGCAGAAAGCCAGUUUGCACAUUUAUACUCUGAUAACACAACACAUACACAUACAAAGUUCUGUCAGUUUCCAAUCCUGCUUUCAUUUUCUUCAAUCCAGUUUUUCUAAUCAAGACAUGGUGAAUAGUACUUAAACAAUCAGGUUCAUGUUUUUUAUGCUGUAGCUAUCUUGACUACUAUAUCAAGUGUCUGAUCACAGCCGAUGAGGUGUUUCAUGACUAACUUCAUUGUGCACCCACUAUCAUCUCGUGCCAAAACACACUAGAGAAGCAAUAUUUUCCAUUUAGGCUUAAGUCUCUAUUAAAUGUUUGUGAUCUUUGAAGAGGUAAAAAAACCUUUUACAAUGCAUGACAUUAUUAUGGAUAUGGUAAAGUAAUGUUCAAAUAUAUAACUCUUUAAAUAAAUACAUGACAUGUUU